AAGAAUAUAUACAGCAUAUAAAUAUAGAAUCAUGACUGGAAUAAAAUCUGCCAAAUUUGCUUUACGUAAAAAAAUGAAAAAUAUUAUUGAACAACUUAGUACUGAAGAAAAACAAAGACAAUCAAUGGAAGUAUUUAAAAAACUAUGUUCUCUAUCACAAUUUCAAAACAGUAAAAGAAUCUCUUUAUAUCUAAGUACAAAAGAUGAAAUUGAUACAAUUCCAAUAUUAAAACAUAUAUUCGAAGCAAAAAAGGAAGUAUUUGUUCCUAGAUAUAAUGGAAAAGAGAUGGAAAUGGUUAAGUUAUUUUCAAUGGAAGAUUAUGAAACUUUACCAUUAACUAAAUGGAAUAUUAAACAACCAAAUUAUAAUGAAAAUAGAGAAAAUGCAUUGGAAACAGGUGGAUUAGAUUUAAUACUUUUACCGGGUCUUGCAUUUACUAUUAAUGGGAAACGGUUGGGACAUGGAAUGGGUUAUUAUGACAAAUUUUUGGAAUUAUGUUUAAAGAAACAACAAAACAAACCACAUUUAAUUGCAGUGGCAUUUAAUGAACAAUUAUGGGAAGAUAUUCCUACAUCUGAAAAUGACAUUGUUUUGGAUCUUGUACUUACAGAAAAAUAAAUAUAUUUAUAUAACAUAUAUUUAAAAAAAAAAA